CCAAUUGUUCCCAACACUAUCAAUGGUACAAGAUCAAGUUAGGAAGAGUAGUUAAAAAGCAUUAAACUAUUAUUAUAUAUAUCAUACUAAAUAUUUUUCAGAAUGAAUUUUUUUCAGUGAUUCAAUAUUUAAUCAUAAGUUUCCCAAAUUUAAUUAAGAACAUGUAUUUGAUGAUUUGCUUGAUCUCUUUUUUUUUAAAUACUUAUUUCCCUUCUUAUUAGAAAAAUUGGUGUCAAUCAUCAUCGAGUUAGAUUAAAACAUCACUGUUUAAUUUACGAACAAAAUCAGUGUUAAAUAAACUAUCAAGUCAUGCAGCCUAAAAUGCAUAGAGCUCAAAUGCAUGGCUUCCAAGUUUUUGAUGCCUAACAUGUCCACAGGGUGUGUUCCCUUAUUGCAAACAUUUGAUAAUUAGGUAGAGGACAACAGGUGUGAAUUGUGUUUUGAUAACAAGUAUAGUCUGCCCUCUACCUGAGAUUAACCUGUACUUUGGCAUUGUAUUUACUGUAAGAGGGUGGAAUUUGAAUGAUUAUUUUAUUUUGAUAUUUAUUGAACGUUUAUAUAAAAAGAAAAGUGUCUGUGGUUUUGGGGGAUUGAACCGGGUGCCUUUGGUGUGUGGGCUUGUGACUUAUACCACUAGGCUAAGUCAGAUUUAUAUUUAUAGCAUAUCUUUAUUAUCGAAAGUACAUUUAGGUUUUUGGUUAAUUAUUUUGUGAUGUCAUAGAAAGAAUAGCAUUCUGGGUAAUUCUUGCCUAGCUCAUUUUCAUUGUCCAAGAGAAAGGCAAAGAGAGAAGUCAAGAAAUUUAACAUUCACAGUGUGUCCUUGCUUAGGAAAUAAAGAACCUCAACACAAUAUUCAGAGUGUUACAUUUGGCGUCGCCGGUAGGAUUCCAUUCGGUUUCCCUGAGAACGAUUUCCAGAAGGAAGACAGCUAAGAUACAAGUUGACAGCGCACAUUGUGAAUAGUGAGUAAGUGAUAUCAACUCAGAGUGAUUAGUGUACACAACAUUGAAAUUUCAACAGACAGAGUUGUACCAUCUCUGGACAAGUUUCACAAGCCACAAUGGAGGAAGAGAUAAAGAAGUUACAGGAUCAGAUCAAGAAUCUAGAGGCUAAAGGAUCCCAAGUACCAGUUGUUUAUCUGAAAUCAGACCGCAAAUUUCCCAAGUUCGGAGGCCGACCUGUCAAAGACGGAGAUCCGGACGUCUACGAAUGGAUUUCCGAUAUGAGAGAACACAUUCAGUCCACUAAAUCGAAAGAUGAUUUCGUAGAUUUCAUCAUGGACCAUCUGACUGGAUCAGCGAAAUCAGAAGUCAAACUUCGACCUUUACAGGAGAGACAAACUGGAAAACAAAUACUGGAAAUUCUUGAGACCGUGUUUGAAAUCAAAGAAACAACUACCCAACUUCUUCAAAAUUUUUAUCAGCGAGACCAAAGACAGGAUGAAACGCUCGAAAAAUACUCUCUUGUGUUAACCGAGAUGGCUCAGAAAAUCAACAGAAAAGAAAAGAAAGAUCAAGUGAAUGACAUCAAGUUGACCGAACGAUUCAUUGAUGGCAUAGGAGAUCAAAGUACUAGACAAGAGCUAAGGAAAGUUGUGUUAGACUCUGGCAACAUUCCAUUCUUUGAAUUCAGAAUGAAGAUGCUACGCUGGAUAGAGGACAAUCCUAAUGUGGAUGCGAGCAUUAAGAAAACAAUGUGUUCUCCUACUCAAAGUACUGAACUAGAUGAACUGAAAACUUUGGUCAAGAAACAACAAGAAAUGUUAGAAUGGCAGCAAGAACAGAUUGACAGAUUAACAAAGAAAUCUGAUGAGAGACUCGAUAGACAAUCAUAUUAUCAACAAGAGAGAGGAAGAUCAAGACAACGAUUCGGCCCUAGAUUUAACAGAGGACAUAAUGGAAGACAGGGAAGUUUUACAAGUAACAGAGGAAGGCAGUGCUACAACUGUGGUGGAUUGGGACAUAUGUCUGUGAACUGUCCAUCUGAAAACACACCCCCUACAGGAUCACGUCGUACAUCCGGUAACCCAAACUGGAAACCUUCUCAGUGA